AGACCCACGCCCUGCUCCCUCCGCCCGGCACCUGCAGGAAGGACUGGAACCGCCUCUGCGUGCCCGCCGCCCGCUUCCGCCCUCCCGCUCCUCCCACGCGUGCCGCCCGGGACCCCGCAGCACCGCUGCCCCGAUCCGAGCUCCCCCCCCCCAGCCCCCCUCGGCUCCUCCCGGAAGCGCGGCGCGUGGCGGCCCGGCGGCGCGGAUUGGACGCGUGGCACCAACAGAGACACCCGGGGGGGGUGGGACGGAGGUGAGCGAGCGCCCGCGGAGGAUGCGGUGGGGAACCAGCUCCGGGCGCCGUCCGUGGUCGCGCGUGGGGCCGUGCACGCGGGGUGGGGGGAAAGCGCGUGGCCCCUUCAAGCGCGCACCCUGCCGCCGAGCCCUGGCGCCCGCGUAGGGUGGUGGCCCCGGCGAGUAGAGGGUAGGGGUCGCCCGCGGCCGGCGCCCCGGGACUCUUAUUGUGACAGGGUGGCGCGCAGUGCUUAGUCACCGUGACCCGCGCGGCGGAGGCGGAGGCAGAGCGCGGCCAUGGCGGGGCCCCUAACCGCUAGUGGAGGAACUGUAUCUUGUCAUCAGGAACCCCAUGCAGCCCGAACCCAAGCCUAGCGGGGCACCCCGCAGCAGCCAGUUCCUGCCCCUGUGGUCAAAGUGCCCCGAGGGGGCAGGGGACGCGGUGAUGUAUGCCUCCACGGAGUGCAAGGCAGAGGUGACGCCCUCGCAGGACGGUAACCGAACCUUCAGCUACACACUAGAGGAUCACACCAAGCAGGCUUUUGGCAUUAUGAACGAACUUCGGCUGAGCCAGCAGCUCUGUGAUGUGACCCUGCAGGUCAAAUAUGAGGACAUCCCAGCUGCCCAAUUCAUGGCUCACAAAGUGGUGCUGGCUUCCUCCAGCCCAGUCUUUAAAGCCAUGUUUACCAACGGGCUUCGGGAGCAGGGCAUGGAGGUGGUGUCCAUUGAAGGCAUCCACCCUAAGGUCAUGGAAAGGCUUAUUGAGUUCGCCUACACGGCCUCCAUCUCCGUGGGCGAGAAGUGUGUGCUGCAUGUCAUGAACGGGGCGGUCAUGUACCAGAUCGACAGCGUGGUCCGAGCCUGCAGCGAUUUCCUCGUGCAGCAGCUGGACCCCAGCAACGCCAUUGGCAUCGCCAACUUCGCUGAGCAGAUCGGCUGCACUGAACUGCACCAGCGUGCCCGGGAGUAUAUCUACAUGCACUUCGGGGAGGUGGCCAAGCAGGAGGAGUUCUUCAACCUGUCACACUGCCAGCUGGCCACACUCAUCAGCCGUGAUGAUCUGAACGUGCGCUGCGAGUCCGAGGUGUUCCACGCAUGCAUCGACUGGGUCAAAUACGACUGCCCGCAGCGGCGCUUCUACGUGCAGGCACUGCUGCGGGCCGUGCGCUGCCACGCGCUCACGCCGCGCUUCCUGCAGACGCAGCUGCAGAAGUGCGAGAUCCUGCAGGCCGACGCGCGCUGCAAGGACUACCUGGUGCAGAUCUUCCAGGAGCUCACGCUGCACAAGCCCACGCAGGCGGUGCCCUGCCGCGCGCCCAAGGUGGGCCGCCUCAUCUACACAGCGGGCGGUUACUUCCGACAGUCGCUCAGCUACCUGGAGGCUUACAACCCGAGCAAUGGCUCCUGGCUGCGCCUGGCAGACCUGCAGGUGCCGCGCAGCGGGCUGGCAGGCUGCGUGGUUGGUGGGCUGCUGUACGCAGUGGGCGGCCGCAACAACUCUCCAGAUGGCAACACUGAUUCCAACGCCCUGGACUGCUACAACCCCAUGACCAACCAGUGGUCGCCCUGUGCCUCUAUGAGCGUGCCGCGCAACCGCAUCGGGGUGGGGGUCAUAGAUGGCCACAUCUACGCAGUCGGAGGUUCCCACGGCUGCAUCCACCACAGCAGCGUGGAGAGAUAUGAGCCAGAGCGGGACGAGUGGCACCUAGUCGCGCCAAUGUUGACACGGAGGAUCGGAGUGGGUGUGGCCGUGCUCAACCGCUUGCUGUAUGCAGUGGGGGGCUUUGAUGGGACUAACAGGCUGAACUCUGCAGAAUGUUACUACCCUGAGAGGAAUGAGUGGCGGAUGAUUACACCAAUGAAUACCAUCCGAAGUGGGGCCGGAGUCUGUGUGCUGCACAACUGUAUCUAUGCAGCAGGAGGCUACGAUGGGCAGGACCAGCUAAACAGCGUGGAGCGCUAUGAUGUGGAGACAGAGACCUGGACUUUCGUAGCCCCCAUGAAGCAUCGCCGGAGCGCGCUGGGGAUUACCGUGCACCAGGGCAGGAUCUACGUCCUCGGAGGCUACGAUGGCCACACUUUUCUGGACAGUGUGGAAUGCUAUGACCCAGACAGUGACGCCUGGAGUGAGGUGACCCGCAUGACAUCUGGCCGCAGCGGGGUGGGCGUUGCUGUCACCAUGGAACCCUGUCGGAAGCAAAUUGAUCAACAAAACUGUACCUGCUGAAGCACUUGGAAUACCUGAGCACUGACAACAGGACAGAAAAACACUCUGUGUCUCGCUGCUGUCUCCGUACUAAAGAAAAAAGAAGAAAACAAACCACGAACAGAAACACAGGGCAGCAGAGGCAGCAGCAGGAGUCACCUCCUCUCCCAGGAAGGGCAGCUGGGGUGUCUCGCCAAGGAUCUUGUGGAAGACUAGAACUCAGAUCCAUGGGCCCAUCUGCCGUAGCCCUGGAGCAUCCAAGUCUGCCAUGGGAUGGGGUGCGGGAGGGGUACCCUCACGGGUGAGGCCCCACACCAGCACCCAGAACCCCUUUCAGGGGGGACAGGCAAAGCAGGAGGUCAUGUUUUUUUUUCAUUGGUUCCUGCAACUUGGUGAUCAAUUCCAGGGGACAAGGGGAAGAAGGGACAAGUGAAGCCAAGGGGCUGAGGCUUCCUCUGGAGUUGGGGCCCUAGGGACAAGCCUGCACAGAGAAGCCUCUGGGCUAUAAGCCCUGGACAGUUAUUUUGUUAAAUAACUCUGUAACUUUCCCAUGGGAAUAGAGAAUGGAGUAGGCAGUGUCUUGCACACAGGUCCUCAGAGGGCGGUUGGAAUCCCUCAGGGAGAGUCAGCUCUUGUAUUGAAAUACAUGCAGAUCCUGAUGGGGCUGGUAUCUGACACCCUCUGUUGUCUCUGCUUGCCAUUGCAUAUUCUGCUCACAAAGGGUAUCCUGCUCCCCCAUGGGACACACAGUUGUCUGUCUGUUUCAGGACAUUAGAAGCCAAUGACUUAA